UGAUCGACCCAAGUCAAAUAGCCUAUCAAAGGUAAACAACUAAAGAAGUAUAGCACCCACCCGUACCUAUUGGACAGGCAACGUCCUCAUCUUCAUCUCCCAGGUUUUCCCCUCCAAUCACCCCCAGGUCUUCCUCUCGCGAGUUGCGGUCUCGCGCCCCCCUCCGCCGACCGCCGCCUCCUCACAACCGCGGAAGCUGCUUCCCUCUCCAUUGGACGCGGCCAGCUUCCAUCUCUCGGUCACCUCCCUCUACAUCCCACGGCCGCUACCACCUUUCCUCUACCUCACACGGCCGCCGGCCUCUCCAAGGUCUGCACACGCAUUCAGCGACGCAUUUGCCUAUAUCAGCACUGUGGUCAUAACUCUAGUAGAGAAAGGAGAAGAUGCAGGCAUCUAGGGCAAGGCUUUUCAAGGAGUACAAGGAGGUACAACGAGAGAAGUCAGCUGACCCUGAUAUCCAGUUAAUAUGUGAUGAUUCCAACAUAUUCAAGUGGACUGCUCUUAUCAAGGGCCCUUCUGAAACACCUUAUGAAGGUGGUGUGUUUCAACUUGCGUUCGCAAUUCCAGAGCAGUAUCCUCUACUGCCUCCUCAAGUUCGAUUUUUAACCAAAAUUUUCCACCCAAAUGUGCAUUUCAAGACAGGUGAAAUUUGUCUUGAUAUAUUGAAGAAUGCAUGGAGCCCUGCAUGGACCCUUCAGUCUGUUUGUAGAGCGAUAAUUGCUCUGAUGGCCCAUCCUGAACCAGACAGCCCACUUAACUGUGAUUCAGGACAUAUAAGAAAUAUUAAGCUAUUGCUGUAAUGGAGACCUGAGAAUACAUCUCAAGUAUCAGGACUCAGGAGUCAGGAGUGACAUCGCAGCAUGGGAACCACUCUUUACUCUUAAGGUGGUAGCCAAAAGAAGAAGAAAAAAGUCAUUCCGAGUUAUCAAAUGUAGUAGCAGAACUGUUGUGCUACAGCACAGCUAGAUUUGAAGGAGCAGUUGCAUCACUAUUUUGUAAUUCAACUAGCUGUUGUAACUUCUAGAUCUAAUUACACUACAGACAAACCCAGUGUUAGCGUCUCCCACAUGAGUGGAGUCUGGAGAAGGAACAACCGAGGCAAGCUUUACUCCCGCAUUUUUGCAGAGAGGCUGUGUCAAACCCAGGACCUUUGGCUCAGUGGAAAGGCUUAUCACCACUGUGCCUGAUCUGUCCAUCUAAUUAAUCUACAUCGUUACAAUAUGGCCCCUACCAAAAUAAGCGACGCUGGUCUUUCUCAUUUUCCAUUCAAUUGAUAUGUUUGUUAUCUUUA